AUGUUCUUCUCAUCACCCACCUCUAACAUUACCCCGGCCAUGACAUCGGUGGCUAUGUCGCGUUCAGACUCUCGCGACUCCACCUCGUCCAACGCCAACUACUACACUUACGCGCCUACCUCUGCCUACACGGCACUCGUGAGCGCGUCACCCACCUCGGCAUGGCCUACCUCUCAAGCCCUUGCUCGAACAGACAGCAACGCAUCAUCCACCUCUACUUCGACUUCAUCACAGGCUCAAUCCAUUGCCAUGCGCCGCGACAGCAGCAACUCAACGUGGAUGCCUAGUCCUUACAGGUCAUGCAUGUCGUCCUUUGGCGCCGAGCCCAACUCUUACCUGUCUGAUGACGACCUUCUCUGUCCCGCCGAGGAGCUCAAUCUUCCUGUGGAGAACAUUCCGGCGUUGGCUCCCAAGAAGGAACUCACCACCGAAGAGCAAAUUGCCUUCGUGCGUGAACUACAAGAGAAAGAGGUCGCCGCCAACUACCCCCAGGCAGCAGCCCAUUACUCGCGAGACGCGGACGUCAGACGCAGAGUCGUUCGCUUCGCCAACCAGGAUGCCGCAAACAGCUCAAGCAAGUCGCGUCGACCCAGUGCCGUCAAGGGACGUCAGCCUGUCCAGCGACGUGGCACGCGCUGCCUGAACGGUCCUCAAUGA